GCCCGAACUAAGCGCGGUCUUCCUUCGCUCCGAUUCCUCUACGCUCCCACGCAAUCGCCUUCCGUGGAGUUGAAGAGGACGGCAAAGCCGCGACCAAUCGCAGCAAUGCACUGAUUGAUCGAGAGGGGGAGAACCACAAGAGGCAAUUUUUUUUAAUCAUUCUUCGUCGUCGUUUGUUUAUGACAAGGAAAGAUCCUUGAGGGUACUGAUUUCUGCCCUUUGUAUGCGCCCUUUGAUUUGUUUCUAUUUGCGCCCUUUGAUUAGUUUCUAUUUCAAGGAAAGAUCACGAGUUGGUUGCAGAGAAAGAGAGAGAGAAUUUUUUUUUUUGAAUCUUUCCCCCCUCAAAGAUUCCUGCCUUUUUUCGCCCCAGCCCCGUGAAUGGAAGAGAGCGAGAGGGUAGGUCGUUGGUGGAUUAGAGAGGAGGUGGGUCUUGCGAGGACAUGAGGAAGGAGGGUUCGAGCUUGCCAGAUCGGAUGGCGGCGGGUAGAGAGACGGCGGAUCAGUCGCCGGCGGGAUCGGCCGGCACCGUAGCUGUUCCCAGGAAUAAUUUCCUUCGGAAGUUUAGGCUCUACGAGACUCGAUCGACAUUUUAUGUAGUUGGAAACAAUAAGGAUAGCUCAUACUGGAGGGUGUUAAAGAUCAAUAGGUUGGAGCCUUCUGAGCUGAGUAUUCAUGAAGAUCCGAGAAUCUACUCGGAAAAUGAAUGUCAUGAUAUGCUCACACAAAUACACUUGAAGAAUAUUGCAACUGAUGGAUUAAGAUUUGUCACCAAAUGUUAUGGCAUUGCAGGAUUUGUCAAGUUCCUAGGGCCUUACUACAUGCUACUCAUUACUAGGAGAAGGAAAGUUGGUACCAUUUGUGGUCACUCUAUAUAUGCUGUCUCUAAAAGUGAAAUGAUCACACUACCAAAUUCUGAUGUGCUGUCAAAUAUCGCCUAUUCUAAGGAUGAAAACAGAUACAAGAGCCUACUCUGCUCUACCUGUCUCAGAGAGGACUUCUUCUUCAGUUAUUCCUACAACAUUAUGCGAAGCCUCCAAAUAAACUUAUGUGAUGGUGAAACAAAGUCUGACCUCCAUGAAACAAUGUUUGUCUGGAAUGCUUUCUUGACACGUGGUGUUCGUGAUCUUCUCCAGAACACUACUUGGAUAGUUGCUUUAGUUUAUGGAUUUUUUAAGCAGGCUAAAAUUUGUGUGUCUGGUAAAUAUUUUUGGCUGACACUCAUUGCUAGGCGCUCUCGUCAUUUUGCUGGAACCAGGUAUCUAAAACGUGGUGUUAACGAGAAAGGUGAAGUGGCCAAUGAUGUUGAGAUAGAACAGAUUGUAUCUGAAGAUAUACCUGGAGGGAUUUCUUCAGCAAUAGCUUCUGUUGUACAGAACAGAGGGUCCAUUCCGCUCUUCUGGUCCCAGCAAACUUCAAAAUUUAAUUUAAGGCCUGAUAUUAUAUUGCAUAAGAAGGACAAAAACUUCGAUGCUACAUGGCUUCAUUUUGACAAUCUUGUAAAGAGAUAUGGAAAUCCUAUUAUUAUUUUAAAUCUUAUUAAGUCAUUUGAGAAGAAGCCUCGAGAGUCUUUGCUUCAUGCAGAAUUUACUAAUGCUAUUGAUUCCAUAAACAAAGAUCUAUCAGAGGAGAAACGCUUGAAAUUCUUGCACUGGGAUAUUCAAAAUUAUACUAGAAGAAAAGGUGCAAAUGUGUUGGAAUCAUUAGGCAAAGUGGCAGCGUGUACUUUGGAGAUAACAGGGUAUUUUUAUUGCCAGACGACUUCACCCUUGAAGAAUCAGAAUAUUCUGGAGUGUUCACAACCUCUGGGACACUAUCGUGGAGAAUUGCUACGCAAACCUGGCAAUAGGUCAUUUAUCGAUUUCAUACGGACAUCAGAUAUCCCUCAAAGUAAAUAUUCUGGUGCUAAUACAGAAAAGGAUGGUGAUACUUUGGCUAAUGAAGCGUAUUCUGCUAGUGCUCAAAAUGAAUACUCAGAUAAAACUAAUUACCAAAGUAACAUUUUUGCUAAACCAAUUAAGUUCCAAAAAGGAAUCCUGAGGACAAAUUGUAUAGAUUGCUUGGACCGCACAAAUGUUGCGCAAUAUGCAUUUGGUUUAGCUGCUCUUGGUCAUCAGCUUCAUGCAGUGGGAUCAAGGGAAGCUGUAAAAAUUACUCUUCAUUCUCCUUUGGCUGAUGACUUGAUGGUAUUGUAUGAGAAAAUGGGUGAUAAACUUGCCUUACAAUAUGGUGGCUCUCCUGCCCAUAACAAGAUAUUUUCUGAAAGAAGAGGUCAAUGGAAGGCAGCAACCCAGUCCCAAGAAUUACUAAGGACUAUCCAACGCUACUACAGCAAUGCUUACAUGGAUGUAGAGAAACAGCAUUCUAUAAAUUUAUUCCUCGGAUACUUCCAACCCCAGCAUGGUAAACCUGCAUUAUGGGAUCUGGAUGCAAGUCAGCCUUAUAGUACUGGAAGGAAUUAUGCAUUUGCUGAUGAAUAUACAAGGUCAAUUUUCGUAAGAUCCCUAUCUGAUGGCAAUGUUCUAAGUGAAGGUAGUCCACCCUUGUCUUUCUCUGAUGUUGCACCAAAUGACUUAGUAAGUUCAUCGUUGUCUGCAAGAGUAGAACAACAAUUACCUGUACGAGGACUUUGUGAUUCCACACCAGAAAUUUUAUCUUGUGAAAACAAUGUGCCACAUCUUGGGUCAACAGUUUUUAGAAACUUUACUUCAGAUGAUGCACAUAUAUGUUUCAGUGAUCAUAAAUUGAAUGGAUCAGACUGCUCUAACUUCCUUGAUUUUGAUUGGCUUUCAUCAGCAGGAAGUUCUUGCAAGGAUGAAGAACAUAAGAUAUCCUCUCUUAUCAACUCACCGAAUGCAAACUUGGCAACUAAAAAUGUCACCGAUAGUGUCUCCAAUGAAGUGAUUACCAUUUUGCAUGAGGAAAGUCAUAGAGUUCAGGAAGUGGAAGCAAAUCGGAGAGAAGCUUCUUCAACCAGUGUUGCUGAAAGCUCCAAAGCUGGCCAGUUUUCAGAUAAAUUUGCCUAUUGGGUUGACCAUGGAGGGGCUUUCGGCUACUGAUCACACUCAAUUAGGAUAUCCUCAGGCCGUGCGGAUCAACUUCAACUUGGAUUACGCAAAACAACACCGACUAACUUCAGCUUAAAAAACACAAGUUCGACACUAGAGAAUUUGAUGAUUUCUCACUGAUAAGUAGUUUCAAAGCGAAGAUACGAUUCUUUAUAUUCGACAAUUCUAAGUUUGAGUGUACAUAAUACUGACACAAACUUACAGUUGAUGAAAUAAUCGUGAUGUGUAAUGCUCUGUUGAAGUUGGAAACUUAUCCCAUCUACUUUGUGGCUUCUAAACUCGACUGUAUCUAUAAAAUGUAAUGCUUUGUUAAAGUUGGUGAUGCUCUAAGCAAUGUUGCUAU